AUGCUGUCCAUCCCCCUCGCAGCUAUCGCCACACCAUCACUGCAAGCACCGGGCCCCGCAACGACGCUUGGCUCUGCAGCAAUUCUAGGUCCCGUCACCCCCACCGCGCCGCUCCGUCUCGCCGACGCCUGUCUCGGUAUUGCCGACCUCCCGGCGUUCACUUCCGAUUCCGAGCGACAUCAAGAUGGAUCAGGACCGCGAGCAGGAUCAGAACCAGGCUCGACGCCGCUGUACCAGCGGCGCCGCCGCGCGCUGAUUGUGACCGGCCCACGGGCAGCAUGGCACACGGCGCUCGAGGACGAGGACGACCCGUGGCUCCGUAACAGCAGCGACUACGACGUGCGCGACCGACUGCAACGUGUUGACAUGCGGUACUGUCCCUCCGCGCGGCAUGUGCGUCUGCUGCUCACCCUCUUAACCUCGACGACUGCAUCCUUGGCAUCGACAGCACCGGGUGCGCACGAGCUGCCUUCCCCGCCAGCUGUCAUUGUCCUGUACGAUCUCCUUUCCCUCCUGGCCGACGAGCACGAGGACGGUGUCAACGACGAGAACCGCGCACCAGGUCAAGGCGUGGACAUGCGACCGACAACAAUACAGUCCGACGCGUUUGCAACAACACCGGCGUCGGCGUAUCUCGAUCUCAUCGCCGCUGCCCGUUCUGCAGCGACGUUCUUUGGCGCCCACCUGCUUGUGCUUGAGCCGCGGGCUCCUGACGCGCUCCCCAUUGCCCCGGCCGGUAAAGGAAGUGGCGGUGUCCCGCCAGCUGCAAGGGAGCGCAAGGUUCCACUGUCGGACACUCUGCGACGACUCCUGGGUGAGGUGGUCUUGAUCGAGCCGAAGCAAGUUGAGGAGCAAGUUGACGAGGAAGUGGAAUACGCGGUGGUAGUGGACGGCGAGACGAGCGGCAUGCGCCGUCGUCGCUGUGCGAGGGCCGAGUUUGCAAUGGCGCCAGAGGGUGAAGUCCACGGUGCAUGGGAGUGGGUCUGGGUGUAG